CCCAUUAGUCCAAGACCUACCGAGGCCCGGACCCUCUAGGUUUCCACCACCGCCGCCUCCUUCCUCUGCCCUGCAACUCCGCCGUCCUCGCCGCCGCCCCGCCGGAGCUCCGCCGCGCCGACUUCGCCGGAACUCUGCCGCCCCGCCCUCGCCUCCUCCUCCGGAGCUACAUUGAGGUUUGAUUGAGCGGCAUGGGGUUGAGGGACAAGACCGAGACCGGUGAGGGGAAGGAUUUCCUGGUGCCUAUUAAUCAGGCAGGGAAGGUCUUGAAGAAGGGAAGGAAGAAACAGGAGCUGGACCGCCAGAAGCAGGCCGAGAAGAAGCGGCGUCGGCUGGAGAAAGCGCUCGCAAACUCCGCUGCCAUCAUCUCACAGCUGGGAAAGAAGAAGCAGAAUAAUAAGAAAGUGGAACAGGAAAGGCCGGACGAGGAAGUCGCUUUGAAGAAGAAAGAUGAACCGGACCGCCCAAAGCAGGCUGGCAAGAAGUGGACUCGGCUGGAGAAAUUGCUCGCAAACUCUGCUGCCAUCAUUUCAGAGCUGGAAAAGAAGAAGCAGAAGAAGAGAGAAGAGCAGGAAAUGCUGGACGAGGAAGUCGCUUCGAUAACCGAUGCGGUCGCUCUUCAUGUUCGCAUCGGCGAGGACUCCGAUGAAUCCCGCCAUCUGGUGCUGAACAAGCACAGAAGAUGCAGCGACUGGGACCCCGAUGCUGGUUUCAACCUUUACAUGGAGAUGUGAAAAAGAAAGAUAUAUACAACCUUGUCUUCAUAGUGUGUUUCUGUACAUAGUUACCGAAGGUGUGCUGACUAUUUUGCCUGCGUGCAGCCUGUUCCUGCUAUCGGAUGAGAAGAAUAUGAUCCGAUGGCGCAACCUGUUUCGCCCUUUGCUUUUCGUCGAUCGGUGUAAUAGGAUAUUUUGCGUCUGUUAUCGUCGGUAUUGUAAUGGAGCACAUAUGGUUUUGGUUCUCUUGCUGC